CGCCCACCCUCCCCCCGGCCCGCCCCGGGAACGGGGUUUGUAGUCGUGGACGUGACUGGGAGGAGUCUGCCCGCCUCGGAUUUCCGCACAAGGAGCCGGGCCGCGACCAUGGCGGAGCCCACGGUGUGCUCGUUCCUCACCAAGGUGCUGUGCGCCCACGGCGGCCGCAUGUUCCUGCAGGAUCUGCGCGGCCACGUGGAGCUCUCGGAGGCCCGGCUGCGGGACGUGCUGCGCCAGGCCGGGCCCGACCGCUUCCUGCUGCAGGAGGUGGAGGUGCGGGAGGACCCGUGGGACGCCGAGGCCGAGGUGGCGGCCGGCGAGGGCUGCGCGGGCGGCGGCGGCGGCGGCGGCGGCCCCUCGGCCUGGCGGGUUGUGGCUGUGUCCUCCGCGCGCCUCUGCGCUCGCUACCAGCGCGGCGAGUGCCAGGCCUGCGACCAGCUGCACCUCUGCCGCCGCCACAUGAUGGGCAAGUGCCCGAACCGCGACUGCUGGUCUACCUGCACCCUUUCUCAUGAUAUCCACAUACCUGUCAACAUCCAAGUCCUGAAAAACCAGGGACUGUUUGGUCUCAAUGAGGCCCAGCUUCGGAUCCUUCUUUUGCAGAAUGACCCCUGCCUUUUACCAGAGGUCUGUUUGCUCUACAACAAAGGUGAAGCCCUGUAUGGUUACUGCAACCUCAAGGAUAAAUGCAACAAGUUUCACGUGUGCAAGUCCUUUGUCAGGGGAGAGUGCAGGCUGCCGAAGUGCAAGCGGUCUCAUCAGCUAAUUCACGCUACAUCCCUGCAGCUGCUGCAGGACCAAGGAUUGAAUAUUCCAAGUGUCGUUAAUUUUCAGAUAAUUGCUACCUACAAGCACAUGAAGCUGCACAAGAUGCUUGAAAAUAAAGAUAAUUCAGCUUCUUCUGCUGAGCAUUCCCAGGGCCUUGAGAAACAAGGAGUACACGUAGCUAGGGCUGCAGAGGCCGGUCCUCUGGUCUCUGGCCCUGCUGCGUCAGCCAAGAAGCCAUGUGCAGGUAAACCUUAGAGGACGUCAGUGAAAUAAGAAGAACGUUGUCCAAUUAGAAGGUCUGAAAACAAAGCUUCUGUUGAGAUUUAAUUUGUAACCAUUCACUCAUUUAAUCGUUUAUUAAUAAUAGCCAUAAUGAUACCUACCUCACAGGUUGUGGUGAGAAUUAAAGAAGAUGGAGAAGGAGAAAAUGCCAGAUUGGGAGGAUAAAAUUGGGGGUGCGUGGUUGAGGAUGAGGUUAGACAUUGAACAGGCAAAGGGAGAGUAAAACCUGAGAGUAGAUGAGGUCAGUCCUGGGCAAAUCCUGAAGUUCCUGAGAGCUUUCCUCGGGCUGGCCGGCCAGAGCUCUUAAAGGGGCAGGCUCCUGCGGACUUGUUCUGAGACCCAGCCAAGUGCUUUUCUGUACGCCCAUAUACGUAGUUUUUACAUUGUGGUAUUCAGGGACUACAUACACUUUAUGCUCUUUCUUUUUCUUUUUUUUUUUUUUGCUUAAUAUUCCAUAAGCAUCUCUCCAUAUUUGUUCACAUUUAUCAUGUAUAAUCAUUUUCAUGCACAGAUACACUAAUGUAUCAUCGUUUGCUUAACUAGUUCCAUUAUUCUGGGAUAUUUUGAUUCUAACAAAUAUUGAAUAUAACUCUUUUCUUAAAAUCCACACAAUAUUAAGUUUUUACGUUAUUCUUUACUUUUGCUUCACGUAUAGUUGCUGAAUGAUACUCUUGAUUUUCAUUUCUUUAAAAAUACAUGCGGGAAUUCCCUGGCGGUCCAGUGGUUAGGACUCUGUGCUUCCAUUGCAGGGGUCGUGGGUUAAAAAAAAUAUAUAUAUAUAUAUAUAUAUGCAAGUAAAUAUUUUUCCAUAUGUCUUCUUUCCAUAUGUCUUUAUUUUGUGUAGUUUGUACAUGCCCUUUAAUUGCUGGGGCCCUCCUCUGUGCUGAUGUGACUUGGCCUUUAAUAGGCUCCUUAAUUUUCGUAAAAGCAUGUUGACUGGAUAUGAUAUGAUAUCCAACUCUCGUGGAUCCAUCCUCGGCCGACACUGCAGAGUAUAUAACUUACGGGUGCUCACCAGAGACUUCUACCUCACUCUGUGUACUCUCCAUUUCUUUUACCAAAGUCUCAGAUUCCUGUAGUAUGAAGGAUGCGUAGCUCAUACAUUCCUCUAAGUUGUAUCCAUUCUUUCUGUGAUCAGGAUGGACCAUCAGAAAUCUAUAUACCUCGCCCAUUCCAUACUGACUUCUCCCUUCCCCCCUUCUCUCUGCCCCUGCCCACCCAGCUGUCUCUUUUUAGUUGUACCUGGUGUUUAUUUCCUUGUUUUCAUCAAGGGGUACCACAGAGAAGCAGCUUUGUGAAAUUCUUUCCUGUGUUUGUUGUAUUAAUAGCCACAAAUGUUGGUGUGUAAAGUUUUUUUUUUUUUUUUAAUUUAACUGUCUGGCAAUAACAUAACAUUUGAGAAAUAGGGCCAACGUAGUGAGCUUUUCAUCAAGCUAAAUUUAUUUAAUUUAGAUUUUUUUUUUUUUUUUUCGGUACGUGGGCCUCUCACCGUUGUGGCCUCUCCCGUGGCGGAGCACAGGCUCCGGACGCGCAGGCUCAGCGGCCACGGCUCACGGGCCCAGCCGCUCUGCUGCAUGUGGCAUCUUCCCGGACCGGGGCACGAACCCGUGUCCCCUGCAUCGGCAGGCGGACUCUCAACCACUGCGCCACCAGGGAAGCCCCUAGAAAAUUUUUAAUCAUGAAAACUUUUCUUUUCCAUUGGGGGAGGUGUGCAAAACUGUCCUUUUUAAAGUGAGAAGGUGCUGUGUUUUCUCCUAAUGGACAGUAAGAGCCACGCAACUUAUGUUAAGCUCUUCAUUUUGCUUGCCAACAACAGUAUUUCUGAAAGCUCUUAUGUUUUGCGUAUUUGCUUCUUUUUUCUUAGUUACAAUUUCUCCGGUGCUAAUUAAAAAAUUAUCUUUAUAUUUUAUUAUUAUUAUUUACGUUUUAUUCUUUUACUGUUAUAUUUCUUUUGUAAGCCAUGUUAAAUCCUUAAUGGAAACAGUAUAGUGUAUAAAUGCAUAUUCUUUACAUUAAAAGACUUAGUAGAUUUUUACAUUAUUGUGUUUUUUUUAUAUAUAUAUAUAUAUAUAUAUAUAUAUUUUUUUUUUUUUUUUUUUUUUUUUUUUUUUUUUGGCUGUUCGCGGACCUCUCACUACUGUGGCCUCUCCUGUUGCGGAGCACAGGCUCCAGACGUGCAGGCUCAGUGGCCAUGGCUCACGGGCCCAGCCGCUCUGUGGCAUGUGGGAUCUUCCCGGACCACCGGGGCACGAACCCGUGUUCCCAGCAUCGGCAAGCGGACUCUCAACCAUUGUGCCACCAGGGAAGCCCCUCUUUUUAUAUAUCUUAUAAUUAUGCCUUUAUAUAUGAAGUUAUUGACCCUUUGUAAUCUUUGUUGCAAUAUUUUAUUCAAUUCUAUAAUACUGCAUUUUAAUCUUAGUUCCAUUGGUAUUCAUCCUAUAAAAACAUUUUAUGUAAUCAUACCUGUCUCUUAUUUUAAUUUGAUGGUUCAGCUGUUAGAGAGUUAUCAGAUUAGAAUUUCUUUGGCAAUUUAUCAGGGCUUAUGAGAUGAAGCUGCACAUCUGUAGGCUUCACAAAUUCCAAAUACCCUAAAUUGAAUGACUGACUUUCCUCCAGACUUGUUCCUCCUUUUGUUCUUUAUUUUGGAGUGUCAGCACCAAAUGACUUAAGCCAAAAACCUGCAAAUUGUCCUAUACUUUUCCUUUCUUCUUAUUCCCUGUGUCAGAUUGGUUACCCCGUGUUGCAGAAUUUUCCACUUUUAAAAUCUUGCAAAUUUUUAUCCUCUCUACCCCUUUCUUUCCAUCCCCAACACACUGCCUUUUUCUAAACCCUCAUCACCUCUUGCAUUUAAUUUACAGAUUCAUAACUCAGUGGUUUUCAAGUCUGUCUUGGGAGAGUUUUUUGUAGGAAGUGCGAGAUGGACCCCUGUUCCACUUCAAGGAUGGUACCCCCAUUGUAAUUUUUAAUAUAAUAGGCUUUUGUGGAUGUCACUGAUCUGCUUACCACCCUUCUCUCCCCCUGCUGCCUGGUUGACCUUUUGAAAUGCAGACCUAAUCGUAUUGCUUUUUUCUGCCAUAACCUUCAUUGGUCCCCAUCACGGAGGAUAGAAGUCAUAAAACUCAAAUCCCUACAGGGACUAGAAAGUUAAGAUAAAUGGAUAAAGUGAGGUGGAUGUGAGAGGAAUGGGGGAAGAGAGGAAGUGCCGUGGCAAACUGUCCCAUCUAAAAGGGACAACUGCCUCUUGCUUCCACGUGGGAAUGCGGGGCCCAAUUUGACGUAUCAUCCAAUUUGUCAAAAGCAGCCACAAAUCCAGAAAUUUUUAUGAUAAAUUUUCUGAUUUUAAAAUAUUGACUUUUAAUUGAGUUCUUAAAAGGCAGCCCAAUAUUGCAUGUAUUGACCUACUUGCAGUUUUGGGGAUGUGCCAUUUUAUCUUGUGACUCUAUUUGCAAAUGAUGCUCCCUGUAAGUGCCACUCCUUCCCUCCUCCUGCCUCAAAACCUGGCAAAAUUAGAUUAUUUAAAAUGUCAGGUUACCCUUUCCUGACCCCAAGACAGGCAGCUCUCCUAGUGUUCUCAAAGCUCUAGCACUUCGUACAUUGCAUUGCAAUGCUUUUAUUCCCCGGCUUUGAGCAAAAACAUUAUUUACUUUUUUGGUAAUUAUAACACUUGGUAGUUAAAUAGUUUUUGCUGUAUAAUGAAUUAAACUCUGCGUUUGAAUCUGUUGAUUCAGUAUCAUAUUGCUCUCGUUGAUUCUCUUUCUCCUCACAUGUUUUUAGUAUUCAAAGGAUCUUUUUUCCCUGAGGAAUGUGUUAUAUAAGGUAAACAUCAUUUUGAUGCUUCGGUUUGAAUUGUCUAGGUCUAAAAUUAAUUCUUUAUGACUUAUGUUUAUGAUACUAACUCUUUCCAUCAAGGAAUUAAGUCUUCAUUAUUGACGUAUUUCUUGAUUUCUUUCAUUAUAAUUUGUUCAUGUUUUUGUCUAGGUCAUGAAUAUCCCUUAUUGCAUAAAUUCUUUCUUGGCUAAAUAUAUCUGUAUUGCUACUAAGUAUGGGAAUCUCUAUCUUCACAAUGCUAUUGAUUUUCAAAAUAUUUGUCUUUAGGUGAGUUGUCUUUGUUCUAACAGUAUUAGAUGGCUUCUCUGGUUUUUUUUUUUUAAAUAUAAAAUUGUAGCUGCAAAAAUAUUUGUCUUAUGUAUUUCUAUUAUAUCUUUUUGUUAAAUAAAACUGUAAUAAGAUAUUUUUGGAUAUUUCCUCAUUUAAUAUGAAGUUAAUUAUUGGUUUUAAACAAAUAUUCUCUAUUAUAAUAAGGGAAAUAACAUCCUUUAUUCUUGUUUAUUAGAAGCUUUUGGUAGGAAUUGGUAUCUUUUGAUAUAAUCAUAUAAUGUUAAUCAUUUAAGUUACCUAAUAUGAUUAUAUUCAUGGUUUUCAUGAUACUAAAACAUCCUUAAAUUCUUGAGUAAGCUCCACUUGAUAAUGCCAUGUAUUCUUUUAAUGUAUUUUUUAUCCUAUUUGGUAACUUUCAAGUGUAUGCAUCUAAACAUUCAUAAAUAAAUUUCAUUUAUAUGUUA